GUGGUGACUCCGCCCCCUUCUUUGCCCCCUCCCCUCUGUCAUGGCCGCGUGCGAGGAGCAGCAGAUGGGGGACGCGGCGCCGAGGCUGCCGCUCUACCGCCGCGCCGACGUGAAGCUCCACAACGACACGGCGAGCGGCACCUGGAUCAUCCUGCACGACUCCGUCUACGACGUCAGCUCCUUCCUCGACCAGCACCCAGGCGGGGAGGAGGUUCUCCUGGAGCAGGCGGGAGGAGACGGAACCGAGUCUUUCGAGGACGUGGGUCACUCGCGGGACGCGCGGGAGCUCCUGCCGCAGUACCUCGUCGGGCACCUUCACCCGGACGAGAGGAAAAAUACAGAAACCAAGGACAUAUUCAUCACUACGACAGGCGGGCUGAAAGCAGGGUCGUGGACAAACUGGCUGGUACCAGUGGUGAGCAUCUUCGUCAUACUCGUCAUGUACCACUUCUACCUGGCCGACCCCGGCAAGGACCUCUGAGGUGGCCUCCGGAAGACGUGACCGCUUCAAGGGAAAUGGCGUUUUGUACAUUCCUUCUGCCGGCCCUUGCUACUGUGUCCACUCUGUAUGAGGCUGUGCUCGUAGCAGCGUAACUCUGCGCAAGCUCUAGUGUUGGCAGAAUUGGUGUCUGCUUGUUUGUUUCGUUUGUCGUAAGUGUACAUCGGUCGCUCGAGUGUGCGAGUGGCGCGUGUCGAGUCCUGCAGCAGCUUGAACUGAAUUAAUUCUGUCCCAGGGUAAUUUUUUGCGUGUAAACCCUGACAUUUAAUAGCCAUGUUAAUGCGAACUCGGAGCUGUGUAACCAUCCCACCUCCCCUUGCGAUUUAAUCCUCAUGAUUAGGCUAGGUAACUGUCGGUACUUCUACAAAUCAAUGCACAUGUGAGAAAAUCAAUUGAUUUUGAAAUCUGCAUCAUUGCAUUCCUGACGCAUACUACCUGCACAGACAUCGGCUACUGGUUGAGAUCACCAGUUUCUGCAAUUCGGAAUGACGUUCGAUUUGUGCGGUUUAUAGAGAGCCGAGUGAUGGUGGUCGGGUUGGGGAGAGGCGAUGGAUGAAAGCCUUCGGUGAGCGCGGGAUGAGAACCCUCUGGACUCCGGUUACAAUGUGAAAUUCCACAACUGUAAUCGAUUGCUCGGGCUUCCGUGUCCCUCCUGCGGUAGGUGUUCACAAUGCUGCUGUGUAGCUCCGAUGUGUUCAUGGGCUGCAUUGUGCGUCGGUCGGCACGGUUUCCCAACGUAUUGCUCCGCGUGCUGGGAGCUGCUCCUGCACGUGGGCGAAACGUCGGACACGAUGCCGAACGUGCAGUACCACCCGAAAACACAUUGGAGAGUUUGUCUCUCUGUUGGUGGUUGUGCCUUCCCGCUUCGCCGCAAAUGCCAGGGUGUUGUCACUUCACACCGACCGUCUUCUUCUCACCCUCCUAAUCAAGGGCCAUUAUUUUAAAACAAUCUUUGUGCAUCACUGUAGUGUCAUAUCUGUAUACUGUUUGUGCAAGCCGAAGGGAUUUGAUAUUUAAGUAAACAUGAAAUAAACAUGCUUGCCUGACA